UCUUGCUUGAAUCUGUUUCAUAUAUGAAUCAAAUUCAAAACAAAAUCUACAAUGAUAAGAAAUGUUUUAUAUCGAACAGAUUCUUUGAUUUUAAAGAUUUCAUCAUUAAAUUACAAUAGAAAAUCAUGUAAAAAUAUUUAUUUCUCCAAUAAUAAUGGGUUUUUCACCAAAUCAACAAAUCAACAUUUGAGUUCAACAGAAGUUCAUUGUAUAAAUGUGGUAAAAAAAUUUGAUUAUGAAAAUUUUGUGGCUACAUUGUUCAUUUCUGAUGAAGAAAUUCGUCGAACAGCAUUUGCCCUUCGUGCCUUCAAUGUCGAAUUGGCGCAAGUUCGUGAUAUCACCAGAACAGAUGAAUUGGCUCAAAUUCGAUUUCAAUUUUGGCACGAUGUCAUCGACGAGAUUUACUUAAUCUCCUCUGAUAAUCAUGUUCCGGAUAAAGAAACACUUAUGAAAUAUAAAAAUUUUCCUUUGGCAUUUGAACUAUUCAAGGUACUUUCUGGAACUGAAAAAUUAUCUAAACAUUGGAUUUCGAGACUAAUUCAAAUUCGUCGAGAUCCAAAAUACUUGGGUGAAUAUCCAUUUCAAACAUUAGAUGAAUUGGAAAAAUAUUGUGAAGCAUCAGUUGUGUCAAUCUAUUAUUUGUUAAAUGAGAAAUCCAUUCAAUCACUAAAUGAAGGACAAAAGAAUGCAGGCUAUCGUAUAGCUUUAGAUCAUGUAGCCAAUCAUCUUGGAAAAGCACAAGGAUUGACAAAUAUUCUUCGAGGCAUUAUACAUAAUUCCAAAAAUCGACGAUGUUAUAUACCGAAUGAUAUACUGAUCAAAAGUAAAUCUUCACAUGAAGCGUUUCUUCAAUGUCAACAGGAUAAUGAUUCUCUUCGAGAAGCCAUAUUCUUAAUUGCAUCAACUGCUAAAGGUCAUCUAGAACAUGUUCAAAAAUUACUCGAUUCAAAUGGAAAUGAAACACCGACGAUACGAAAAUCUGAUCGAUUAAUGUUUUUGCCGAUGAUGGCCAUACAGGCAUAUCUCCAUGAUCUUCAACGUGUACAAUUCAAUGUAUUCGAUAGACGGCUUUAUCGUCGCCGUGGUUCAUUACCUUUAAAAAUGUGGUGGAAAUGUAAAAUUUUUAAUUUUAGAAAUUAAAAAAAUAAAAUAAAAUUCAAUUGUUAUUUAUAUAUGUCA